GUCUCAUAAUUUGGUGUAGUCUCGAACAGGGGGUGACUACUUGUUUCAUGUUCGCCUGGGCGGAGUGAUAUCCAUGCCAUUCAUAGGGUGGGAUGGGAAGGCUGCAGGAAAUGUGAAACGUAGAUAGGAAUAUGCAAUAGAGGCACUGAGAAAAUAAGACUAGAAAACAAUGCCGUUCGGUUACAGUAAACAUUUGUGGUCCCGUCACUAACUUACUAGUCGACAAGAAAUGGAACAUCCGUAUACAAUCAGCGGUAAACCCCAUCAGAGCAGGAACACAGAUAAAGGGAUCCCAAGGCCGGCUGGGCAGUAACUUGCCUGGACUACAAAUGAGUUUAUAACGUUUGUCACUUUAGCUUGCCAACGUUUCGCUACGCAUUGGAAAGAGAGGAAUUGAACGAUGGAGUCAUCAGACCAGACGUCUACUGCUGAACUGAUGGGCCGCUAUGUCUCAUCGGAGUUGGGAUACAAGGUGCCGAAAGAGGGAUGGAGGAUCUGCCUGGCGCAUGAGUUUAAAGAGAAGAGGAAGCCUUUCCAGGCCAAAGAUGUAUCGCUCUCCAACAUCAUGGAGCACGUCGGCCUUGGAAUCAGGUAUCUGAUAUGGUGGUAUAAAAAGACCCAGGUGGAAAAGAAGGCGCCAUUCAUAGAUAUGUUCCGUGCCUUGCCUCUGCGACAGAUUUAUGGUGCUCCACUGGGCGGUAUUGGAGGAGGUACCAUUACACGUGGCUGGCGGGGGGAGUUUUGCAGGUGGCAGCUUAACCCUGGAAUGUACCACUACAAAACUGUGAUGGUUAACCAGUUUACGGUGUGCCUGCGUCGGGGGGGUCAGACGGUCUACCAGCAGGUGCUGAGCGUGGAGCACCCCCCGGCCCUGCAGGGCUGGAACUGGGGCUUCUGCGGGGAGUACGCCUUCUACCACGCCCUGUACCCCCGCGCCUGGACCGUCUACCACCUGCCUGGUCAGAACGUCACACUCACCUGCCGACAGGUGUCCCCCAUCAUCCCGCAUGACUACAAGGACUCCAGUCUCCCAGUGGGAGUGUUUGUGUGGGAUGUGGAGAACAAGAAUGACUACGAUCUGGACGUGUCCAUCAUGUUUACAUUGCUCAACGGUUCCGGCCACAAGGACGACAAGGGCGGUGGACACUGGAAUGAACCAUUCCAUCUGGAGAAGGAGGGGGAGGCUGUGUCAGGCGUGUUGCUGCACCACUGCACACCUACAAACCCCUACACACUCUGUAUGGCAGCCAGGGAACAGUCUGGUCGGGAGGUGAGUUAUCAGACUGCGUUCAGCCCAAAAGGGACGUGCAGUGCCCUGUGGACGGAUCUCAUCUCCGAUGGACGCCUGGACUCACCAACAGGAUCCAGUCCCCCCACACAGAAGGGGGAGAAGGUUGCUGCUGCACUGGUGGCCAAAUGUUUGGUGUCGGCGCACGGACACAACAGCCUGGAGAUGAGUCUAACCUGGGACAUGCCUCUCAUACAGUUUGGCUCCAGAGAAAGAAAACACAGCAGGAGAUACACGCGAUACUUUGGCAGCGAGGGAAACGCCGCACCUGAGCUCUCUCUCUACGCUCUCACCCACUACAGAGACUGGGAGAAGGCCAUUGAAGAGUGGCAGAGACCAGUCCUGCAGGACAGCUCCCUACCCUCCUGGUAUAAGUCAGCUCUGUUUAAUGAGCUCUACUUCGUGGCGGACGGUGGCACGGUCUGGGUGGAACUUCCAGAGGAUGCUGAUGUCAGUGGUGGUCUCCGUAGCAAUGAAGGGGGUCUCCCAGCCCAGCCACCUGUCGUUAAGGAGUAUGGCCGCUUCGCCUACCUUGAGGGACAGGAGUACAGGAUGUAUAACACGUAUGAUGUGCACUUCUAUGCAUCCUUCGCCCUCAUCAUGCUGUGGCCCAAACUUGCUCUCAGCCUGCAGUAUGACAUUGCUGGCAGUGUGGUGCAGAGUGACCCCACAGAGAGGCUUGUCCUAAUGAGUGGCCGCCACUCGGCAGUUAAGACCCGCAAUGUCGUCCCCCAUGACAUCGGAGACCCAGAUGAUGAGCCAUGGACACGCGUAAACGCUUACCAGAUCCAUGACACAGCCGACUGGAAGGAUCUCAACCUGAAGUUCGUGCUGCAGGUGUACCGAGACUUCCACCUGACACAGGACUCGCAGUACCUUUCCGACAUGUGGCCCGUCUGCCAGGCGGUGAUGGAGUCAGAGAUGAAGUUUGACCGCGACGGCGAUGGGCUCAUUGAGAACUCGGGCUACGCAGACCAGACCUAUGAUGGCUGGGCCGUCACUGGACCUAGUGCCUACUGUGGGGGUCUGUGGCUGGCAUCGGUGUGCAUGAUGUGCAAAAUGGCACGUGUGCUGGGCAGUGAAGACGUGUACCUACGCUACAGAGACGUGCUGGACAGAGGCAGCGCUGCCUUUGACAAGCUGCUGUGGAACGGCCAGUACUACAACUACGACAGCAGUGGGCGGUGCUUGUCCAACAGCGUGAUGUCGGACCAGUGUGCUGGCCACUGGUUCUUACGAGCCUCUGGACUGGGAGAAGGAGAGUUCCAGGCCUUUCCCCAGCAGAAGAUACAGAGUGCUCUGAAAUCGGUGUUUGACCUGAAUGUGAUGAAGUUUGCCAGUGGGCAGAUGGGCGCGGUAAACGGUAUGCGGCCUGAGGGAGUGCCAGACCGAUCCAGCGUCCAAUCGGAUGAGGUGUGGGUGGGUGUCGUUUAUGGGCUGGCUGCCACCAUGAUCCAUGAGGGAAUGGUAGAAGAGGGCUUGCGGACGGCUGAGGGCUGCUACAAGACUGUGUGGGAACGUCUGGGCAUGGCCUUCCAGACCCCCGAGGCGUACUGUGAGAAGGGGAUCUAUCGCUCCCUGGCCUACAUGCGACCGCUCAGCAUCUGGGCUAUGCAACUGGCACUGGAGAACCGCACAGCACGGACCAAACAUGCCCAGAAAGACGAAGGUGCCCAAGAGAUCCCAGAUCAGAAUGAACAUGCCCAAGAGGAACUUAACCAUUAAGUCAAGACGCCAGCUAGAUUUUCCGAAAUGAUUGUACAGUGAUUAGUCAUGCACAGACAGACACACACACACACACACACACACACACACACACACAGAAGUAUAUAUGCAUGAAUGGAGACGUACUGUUAGGGUGCAAACUAAACCGCACGCCGUUCCCAGUUAGGGCCCUAUAUACCUUAUUUCCACAUUAGCAUUACAGACUCAAACUAGAUUUCAGGAUAGAUUUACAUUUCUAUAUUCUUAAUGACUAUGCACUUGAUCAUCCUAGGGAUUUACACAUUUCAUACACACAGUGUGAAACAUCAAUAAAGGCACACAUUAACACACACACACGCGCAAACCAAGCUCGUCUUUCAUGACUUCUAUUUUAUGGGAAUUGAAUUACACGCAAACACACACACACAUCCUUACGUCUACUUGACUCUCUUGACCUGCAAAUACCCACUAAAAACUUUAAAGUUCUUGCACUUGAGACAAUCUAUGGGACGCCACUGUCCAUAUGAUGCAACUGGACUCGGGAUCAGCCGCUCAACUGUUGCUCCCUCAGACUCAAGAAUUUUUUCGCUUCAGGUUAUAUACUCUGCCAGUGAGCGAGUGAAAACCACCGACCGUGACCAUCCUGUUUACACCUUUGAGAAGAGAGGACCACAGCAGAAGAGAGGAAGAACACACUUGUUUUUAUAGUUGCACUUAAUGAAAACAUGAAUAGGAAGAGAGAAAGCAAGAGUGCUGCAUUUCAAAGUACUUGGAAUUGAAGUGUACUUGGUUCAUUUGUUUUUGUUUGUAGUAGUACUUCUCAUAUUUGUUACCAGUUUUUUUUUUUUUAAUUAAUGUUUUGGCGGCUCUGAGUGUGCCUGCCUGUGUGAUGAAGCAUUUAAGCCUGUAAUGUACACAAUCUUUUACUGAGAUGACAAUUACCACAACAUUAAAGACUCGCUGGGAAGGCAAGAGAAGUUCACUCUGUGAACAUUAGCAGUAAUCAGAAAACUAUUGCUGUAACUGAGAGCAUUUUCAUACAUUAUGAGUGUCCUCUGGGGCUGUUGUAGUACUAAUUCAGCAUAGUUAAAACUCCGCAGGGUCUGAUAAGAAUCAAUAUGUGGUGCCAGAUUUGAUUUUGGCACUGGCAUGACAAGAGCUCACAAAUGUGGAGACAACUUGUUGAAAAGGAGGGCAACCAACACUAACAAGGCUAAACAUUUUAAGAGGAAAACAUUGGUGCAUGCCCAGUGAGCAAGUCAAUGCGAAGAAUAAAGAUUUUUUUUUGCCUUAUUUGAGUGCUGUGGAAAAACCAAUGUUCACACUGUUUAUGUCAGAUUCAAAUGCGGGUUCAAGUGAUUUACUUUCAAUAUCUUUGACAAUCCUAUAAAGAAUUAAGGAUCUCUCCCCAUUCAUUUCAAUAGGAGCCUGAUAUCUCCCCAUUCAUUUAGAUAGGAGCCUGAUCUCUCCCCAUUCAUUUCAAUAGGAGGUUGAUCUUGUUUGCCUGAAAUAGCUGCCCGGAGGCGUUGCCAAGAUGACUGCCAAGUAGCGAGACUUGUCUAUAAGGACUUUGGCUAAACCAACUGACUUUUCUUCUAGACAUUUUCAAAAGUUAUUAAUUCAGUAAUCUCUGCCACCCUCAUUUCACCAUGGUUGUCCUCAGACAGACAUUACAUCUGGGUUGGCUAAGUGAGACUGCGAUUUUAGUAAAAACGAAUACACCCAAUUCAGUUUCCCUUCACACUCUGCUACUGUAAUGUGUUUUUUUUUUUUUUUUACUCUUCCUGGUUCCUCUUCUACACGCAGCGCGAUGGGGUUUUAACCUACAACCCACACAAUGGUUUGAGAGUGACUUUGGUUUAUUAGCGCUGUAUGUGUCUUGCGUCUUCUUGAAGCACCAAGUCCGUUGUUAAAGGCUGAGGGUUGUUUGGACUUGACCCUACAAGCUACUGAUUUGUCUUUUUAAAAGGGGUUUGCAAACUUAAACGAUAACUUUGUCAGAUGCUACUUUCAUCUAGGCUUGCAUCCAACAGCAGAACGUCCUAUGUGUUAUGAUCAUAGUUUGUUUGCAGUUAUUUAGUAAUUUCUAGUAUGACUCAUCUGGGAAUUGUUGAUUUCUUGAGAUAAAAGUGCAUGUUCCGUUCUGUGUGUUUAAUUCACUGUACCCUUAUUUAGUUACCAAGAACUGUGCUGCAGAGCUGAGUGUUAAGUUGGCAAAGAAUUGUUAUGAGUUAAACUGUUAAGUGAAUAUUGCCACAAGAAAAUGCCUUUAGAGGUAACUGAUAUUGACAAAAAAAAUGGCCAGGCACUAUAUAGAAACAUUUAUUUAUGACCAAGGUAUAGUUAAAGCCGUAGAUAAUACUGGCUAAACAACAGGUAUAGUGGUGGCGUAGAGUGUAAUACUUGUGGGGUUUUUUUUUUGCUGAGGAAUAACUAUUGUGACAUCACAGCCCGGCUAGCUCAGUCGGUAGAGCAUGAGACUCUUAAUCUCAGGGUCGUGGGUUCGAGCCCCACGUUGGGCGCAAAACUUUUCCUCAACCCGUUCACAGAAAACCACAUUCUUGUCUGAAACCAUGGUGACGAUUUAUACCAGAGUUCGCCCCAUUGUGGCUUUUGUACAGGAGCAAUUGUGUGUAAUUUUUUAAUUGUCUGUUUGAGGUAUUUCAACAGAUAUAGUUAAGUGCAGUUAAACUAAACUAAUUGGCUGUAACUCAUCAAGAGAGUUACAGAGAGGUACAUUCUAAGGUAUUUCAUAUUCAUCUGAAUUACAAAAGGGCAACACUGGUGUGUUUUUUUUUAUUAUUUUUUUUUAUGGCCACUGAGCUGUCACACCAUAUCUUAGGGCAACAUUUUUGUCAAUUAUGUGCUAAUUUUAAAUCUGUGGGUUUGAGUUCUCAAGUGUCUUUAAAGGGCAUGAAUCUUGUCCCAAACAAAAUAUCAACAACAAGGCUCUUGUGGUUGUAGCAAUGUGUCACAUUCUUUGGUCCCUAUCCAAACUUUUACUGCAGAUCCCUGUGGGAUCGGAGAUGAUGUGAUUUUUUUCCAAUCUCACACCAGCCCGGCUAGCUCAGUCGGUAGAGCAUGAGACUCUUAAUCUCAGGGUCGUGGGUUCGAGCCCCACGUUGGGCGC